GUCAGUCACAUCUGUCUAGGCCCGUGUCUGUGCGUCUGCGCGAGAGAAGGAGGAGGGUCUUCCACUCAGUCUUUUUAUUUAUUUCUUUGUUUCCAGCUGAAAAAAAACAACAACCACCGCGGUAUAUUUCUCUGCGGGACCGCCAAUGUUUCCCCACCGAAUAAGACACAGCCCUGGACUACACUGCUGUACGUAUUAAAGAGCCCGAUUUAAGGGGGCGAGGAUGAAGCGGCGCAAUGCGGACUGCAGCAAGCUCCGACGGCCCUUAAAACGGAACCGAAUCACCGAGGGGAUCUACGGCAGUACGUUCCUGUACCUGAAGUUUCUGGUGGUCUGGGCGCUGGUGCUGCUGGCAGACUUCGUGCUGGAGUUCCGCUUCGAGUACCUCUGGCCUUUCUGGCUUUUCAUUCGCAGUGUUUACGACUCCUUCAGAUACCAGGGCCUGGCUUUCUCAGUGUUUUUUGUGUGUGUGGCGUUCACAUCAGAUAUUAUAUGUCUGCUGUUCAUCCCAGUGCAGUGGCUGUUCUUUGCAGCCAGCACGUAUGUGUGGGUACAGUACGUCUGGCACACAGAGCGAGGGGUCUGCCUCCCCACUGUGUCGCUUUGGAUACUUUUUGUUUAUAUUGAGGCAGCUAUCAGAUUUAAAGAUUUGAAGCACUUCCACGUGGACUUGUGUCGCCCGUUUGCAGCGCACUGUAUCGGGUACCCGGUGGUGACGCUGGGCUUUGGUUUUAAGAGUUAUGUAAGUUAUAAGAUGCGUUUGCGGAAACAGAAAGAAGUGCAGAAAGAGAACGAAUUUUACAUGCAGCUGCUGCAGCAGGCACUUCCUCCAGAACAACAGCUCAUACAGAGACAAGAGAGGGAAGCAGAGGAGGCAGCAUCUAAAGGCAUUCAAGAUGUAGACUCUCCAGCCGUGGCACAGAACGGCUCGGCGGGCAGUAAAAAGCCCUCGUCCAACACGUUACCAGAGCUGGAAUACAGAGAGAAAGAACGAGGCAAGAACGAGUCCAAAAAGCAACACAACCACAACCAGAACCAUCACAGCAGCACCAGCAGCAGCAUCUUACCGUCAGUAGACAGUAAAGCUCAGGAGAUGGAGUACAUGGAGAACCACGUGAACAGUAAGAGACUGAGCAGCUCAGAUCUGCUGGGCAGCACUGAGAAUCUGCUGAAAGAUGAACACUCUUCAUCCUCCUCCUCUUCAUCCUCCUCCAACUCCAACAAAAAUUACAAAAAUGCCAGCGGAGGAGGAGGAGGAGGAGGAGGAGGGAGCUCCUCGCCCCGGGGACACGGAACAGCCAACGGCAGCGUGCCGUCUUCCUCCGGGCCUUCGUCCUCUUCCUCGAGUAAGGGGGACAGAAAACAGAAGUGUGGAGGAGGGAAGAACGCGACGUCGCACAGAGACCCUGUGGAAAACUGCAUUCCCAACAAUCAGCUGAGCAAACCCGAGGCGCUCGUCAGGCUGGAGCAGGACGUUAAGAAGCUGAAGGCAGAUCUGCAGGCGAGCAGACAGACCGAACAGGAUCUGCGCAGUCAGCUGGGCUCUCUGGGCAGCUCUGAACGCAGCAUACGCUCCGAGCUCGGUCAGCUGCGUCAGGAGAACGAACUGCUGCAAAACAAACUUCACAACGCUGUGCAGGCGAAGCAGAAGGACAAGCAGACAGUGGGGCAGCUGGAGAAGCGUCUGAAGGCAGAACAGGACGCUCGUGCUGCAGCAGAGAAACUGUUAGCAGAGGAAAAGAAACGCAAGAAGCUGGAGGAGGCCACGGCGGCCCGUGCUGUCGCUCUCGCUGCUGCAACCAGGGGUGAGUGCACAGAGUCUCUGAGGAGGAGGAUUUCUGAGUUGGAGACGGAGUGUAAGAAACUCACACUUGACAUCAAGGUGAAAGAGGAUCAAAUCAGAGAGCUGGAGCUCAAAGUUCAAGAACUACAUAAAUAUAAGGAGAGCGAGAAGGACACAGAGGUUCUGAUGUCAGCGCUGUCAGCCAUGCAGGAUAAGACCCAGCACCUGGAAAACAGCCUCAGUGCUGAGACCCGAAUUAAGCUGGACCUCUUCUCUGCCCUCGGAGACGCUAAGAGACAGCUGGAGAUCGCACAAGGUCAGAUUCUGCAGAAAGACCAGGAGAUUAAAGACCUGAAGCAGAAGAUAGCCGAGGUGAUGGCCGUCAUGCCCAGUGUGGUGUAUUCCUCAGACACGGGCAGCAUGACCCCCGUCACGCCCCACUACUCCUCCAAGUUCAUGGACACCAGCCCGUCCGGACUGGACCCCAACGCCUCCGUUUACCAGCCCAUGAAAAAAUGAAUGCUCGUUUCCCACACACACACACACACACACACACACACACACACACACACACACACACACACACACACACACACACACACACACACACACACACACACACACACACACACACACGGUCUUCUCUGGUUGUUUUUUUCCUCCAUAGGCCCAGAUUCAGAUUCAUCUUUGGCAUGUCUGUGGCUCAAAUUGCUUUUUCGUUUUGGUUUUUCGUCUUCUCUUACUACAGCUUCUUGCCUGGUCAGAAGGAUAUCGUAUUGUGUGACUGUAUUUGUUGUAGUAAAAAUACAAAAGACAAAAAAGAAGACUUUUAAGGGACAUCACACGUCGAGUAGGAAACUGCCGUUUCUUUUCUCUUGUAAAUGUCUAGAAACCUCACAGAAGUCGGUGAGUAUCUUCCCUCAGUCCAUUCAGAGACCGGCCUCCCGGAUUUCGGCCUUGAUUUUUACUAUUUUUGGAGGGGGGUGAAGCGGGGCAGGUGCGAGAUCCGUCGUCCCAGGUGCUCUACCCCAUAUUUCAGAGGCAAGAAGAGCUUUACUCAAGAAUGUCACCAUCUAAUAUGACCAGAAUGUAACGCAACGUAAAAACAAACGUCCCAGAAACAACGCGACUCUGACGCAAAACGAUUCCGAUCGGAUCCGGAGCCGUUCGGUUCUUCCUCGUGGUACAAACACAGUCCAGCGGCGUAAUCACCAACCACAGAUAAUCAGUGCCUUCAUAUGGGACCUCGUGGGUGGAACCGAAAGAUCUCGCCCCCCCUCAACCAAACAUCUUUUGCAAACGGAUCACCAGCCCAUCGGCGUGACGACUCUUGCUCCGCGCUUGUGAAUUCGGUCAUUUGUUUACAUUUAUUUAUUUAUCCGGCGUGGCACUAUUGCACUGUCGACUUCAGCGAGAGUAUGAAAACGCAGGUUUCUUUAUCGUAUUGACCAUCUUUCAGUAUCGGACGGAAGCUGGUGUGGUCCAGUGCCAACUGAGUAGAAAAGUGUUUCAGAUCCAUCAGGUUACUGGCUGGUCCAAUGAUCGGAAGCUAGAGGACUGUAUUAUUAUUAUUAUUAUUAUAUAGUUUGUUUAUUGUUUUCAGAGAAAUACUUGGUUGUGCCACUUGAUGGCGCCAUUGUGACUUUAAACCUGUUGGACUGGUGGAAAGAUCCCAUCGUCGCAGAUCCAGACACCUGCUAAGCGUGAAGUAUUACCGGGCUGAAGGGAGUGUCCCGAGCCGACCCGGCAGAUUUGUGUUAAUGGAAGCCAGUUCUGAAGGACACGUGGUCACUGUGUUAGUAUUCCGAUUGGUCAGUGAUGGGCGGGAGGGGGGCGGGGUUAGCCAGUCAGUCCUGUGUGGUAUUGUAGUGCUCUGAGAUGGUUGUUGUUUUUGGUGUCUGUGUUUUUUAAAAUUAUGAUGUGAUGGAGGAAAAGUUUGUAAAGUGGUUUACAUGAAAGAGGGGGGGGGGUAAAGACAGUUGUUUUGUUUUCUUUGCCCGCUGUCACUCCUCGGCUGCGCUCUCUGUGAGGUCUCUGUGAGGUUUCGAGUAAUAAAACAUUUUUUUUCUGGCA